UGGCGACCAGGGCACGUGUGCUGCGCCGUCUCAGCUCUCGCACAUUGCCGCCUCACAGCUUGGCGAGGCACGCCGGUUCUGGGCGGACAAGCAGAUACGGACGGCGAUGCUGGUGCCGUGGGCCGAGGCGGUGACCGCAGCCUUCACGGGCCCAAUAUACCCUUUCUUCAUGCAAAACCUCGGCCUCGACGCGGGCGGCAUGGGCAAGCUGCGCACCGUGCAGCACGCGCUCAACGCGGCGAGCGCGCCCAUCGCUGGCUGCCUCCUCGAUGCACGCGGCCCCUUUCUUGGCAUCGCGCUGCCCGCGUCCCUCUGCGCGAUCGGCUGCGCCAUCCGAUCGAUGGCGCAGAGCACGAGCUGGCUCGUCGCCGCCAACGUCUUCUCGGGCCUCAGCGGCGCCAAGACGGAGAUGGCGACGGCGCACCUGAGCAGGCACACCGACCCGUCGCGCCGCACGUUGGCGGUGAGCGCGGCGAGGGUGCAGCUGCAGGCGCUGGCUCUGCUGGGCACCCUGCUCUUCACGCCAACCAACUGGGUGCUGACUGCGCUGCUGCCAGAGAGCACGUGGGGCAUGCUGCGCUUCCGGCUGCUGAUCAGCCUCUGCGUCUUCGGGUGCGGCUUUGGCGUGAUCGUGCUCUGCUGCUCCGCCGGUACGCUCGUCUUUUACUCCUCGGAGGCCGGAGCCGUCUUUCACUCCUCGGAGGCCGGAGCGCUGCAGCCCCGCACGUUGCGGCGGAGCGACGUGGACCUCGGCGCGGCGCGAGGCGCCGAGGUCGGCCGCUGCUGCGGCGACGCGGACGGCUCCGACGCGGCCACGGAGGAGAGCAGCAGCCACGACCCCGAGGGGUAUCCCGUCGAGGGCCGCCUCGCGGGCGCCUCAAGCUGCAUGUCGUCGCGGCUGCGGACGGCGCACUUUGGCUGGGCGGAGAAGGAGUACGGCCUGCUGCUGCCGCUCCAGCAGGCCGAGCCCCCGAGAGGAAGGAGGGAUGCCGCCGCCUUUGGCCUCGUCGCGACGCCGCCGCUGCAGGAUGCGCUCGGCUCGCGCGCCUCGCUGCUGCUCGCCGGCUGCGGCGGCGCCUGCCACGUGAGCGCCUUGCUGCUUCGCGCGCCGAGCCCAAACACGGAGGGGCUGCACGUGCUGCUGUUCCUCGCCGGAGGGCUGCUCGGCGGCGCGACGGCGCGCGCUGGGCGGGCGCACGGCGUUGAGAGCGGCCGUCUCUUUGCGCUCCUCUCGAUGACGAAGCUCGGCGGCUCGGUGGGCGGCAGCCUCUACUGCACCGCCCAGUUUCAGGUGUCGCUCGACGCGGCGAGCGGGCCGUACUUCCUGCGCGGCGGCGCGGCGCCCGUCGUCUGGCUCGCCCUCCCCUCGCUCCUCGCCCUCCUCGCCCUGGCUUGCGUCUUGCCGCCGGCCGCGGGCGGGGAGAGGGACGCCUCGGGCUGCGAGGAGGUCUCCGUUGAGGAGGAGAGCAGCAGCAGCAUUGAGGCGAGCCCGAGGGUGAAGCGGCACGACCGCUAGAGGGGCAGAAUGAAAGUGUGUAUUUUGCGCGUUCACUAGCGGCGCGCGGCGUGUGCUUCUGUGCAGUCUCGCUGGGAGCGUCGCUGCGGACGGGCCGGUGUGGAGCCCCAGCGCGCGCGGUUCCGGGACACAUCACUCAUCAGUGCUACAGUGCAGUGCAACCCGACCCGCACAAGACCGUGCAGGGGGCGUCGCGUCACGCGUGUCGCGUGUGUGCUAUCGUCUCGGCCCUGUAAGUAGAGUACGGAUGUAUUCAUCAGUAAUCAAUACUC